CCUGAAAGGAAUCUGAAAUCGGCGUACAAAUGCCAGCAUGGAGCGUACACACACAGAGAUGAUGGAGACGGAGAUGGAGGUCGACACCGCCGCUACUGGGCGGCCGGAGCAGUCGUCUAAUACCGGCCAAAGUGACGUCGUCAGGGACUUGCUCACAUUGGCUCGCCAGCUCGUCGGUGAAGGAAAGCCUACUCAGGCCCUGCAGGCGGUUGUUAUGGCAGCAAGAACCAGAGGUGGGGAUGAGGCCGUUGUUCAGUCCUUGCAACGUGCUCGUGAGCUAUACAGAUGUAGAUUGCAAGAAAGCACUGCUGUUGAUCAGUUAGCCUCUUUGUUUGCUGAGUGUGCAAUUGCUGAAGCUCAGCCUUCACAACCUGAAUCGUCAGCAGAGAACAUCAGUGGCCCAUCAGUUGGACCGGAUGCUCAAGGAACUUCUAUACUGGCGGAAACUGGCAGGAUGCAGAUUGUGCUGGAUGCAUUUUCAGAUGGGAGCAGCUUCAUUUGCUUACAGUGUGGAGGUCUAGUUAGCAAUCAUCGGAAAGACGAGCACUAUACCUACUGGUGUUGCCAAAUUUGAUGUGCUCAUGCCUGGGAAGGAUACUUGUGCAAUGCUCCCCCUCAGUCCAUGAUUAUGUACCAUGGUUCAACUUCUGUGGGUCUCUGGUGGAAUAGUGGUUCCCAGAUUCUCAAAUGGUCAUACCCAGCAAGUAAAACAUAGAAUGUUUGAUUAGGAUAUUGAGAACAGGCAUUGGCUGGUUUGGAGUAAAAUUUAUAAACUGUCGUGUGGUUAGACUAGAAUCUUGUAAUCACAUUUUCCACAAAGAAGAGUUGAACUAUAUAUUGGGCAGAUGUUGUUGCAAACUGGUGUGUUUAUUUAUAUAGGUGACAUAAGAAUGGUAAACCCUAGCAAG